AUGAAGAAACAACGACCGGCCAUCAACGCCGUGGCUAGUUCCAGCUCGACCAUUGCCUCGGGGCUGGGCAAGAAGCGGAGCAGGAAACAUCAAGUUGCCGAAGAAGGCGAGGAGGAUGACGAGUUGUCAGGGGUCGUAGGGAGUGUCAAGCAGGUUGAGAAUGAGCAGGAGGACGAGAUCGACUUGGAAGAGGAUGAGGAGGAUGACGAGUUUGAGAUCGAUACCGGGUCUAGUAAUGGGGAUUUGGACGAUUUCGUCGUUGCCGAUGAAGACGAAGACGAUGUGCAGGAUGAUGGCGAUCUCGCCGAUUCGGAAUCAGAGGAGGAUUCUCAAGCGGGCUUGGACCUGGACGAUGAAGAAGGAUACAACUCAUCCGAUAUCGACGCUCUCGACUCCGGCGACGACGAGGAAGAGGAUGGCGCCCUCACCCCGGCUACCUCUUUAGGUUCUUCUUCCGACCUGGACAGACUCAUCAAGAAACACACUUUCAAACCUUCAGAGUCCGAGUGGGGCACGGACAAGUUUAGUUCGGCGAAAGAGGGGAGUGGGAGGUUGAGGAAGAGUAGGUUUGUUGAGGGGAGUUGGGUGAGGGAGUAUGAGGAGUUUGAGGCGGGGUAUGGGAGUGAGAGUAGUACAGAGGAGAACACCAACACGAUCGGAAACAUCCCUAUCGAGUGGUACGACGACCUACCCCAUAUCGGUUAUUCGGUCGAUGGAAAGCGAAUCAUGAGGCCCGCCAAGGGUGACGAGCUCGACAAGUUCUUGGCUACCGUCGAGGAUCCUGAUAGUUGGACAACGGCCGAGGACAAGCUCCUCCAAAAGCAAGUUCAAUUGAGCGACAAGGAGCUGGAUAUCAUCCGUCGACUGGAACGCGCCGAGAACCCGGACGCUGGGUUUGAUAAUUAUCAGCCGACGAUCGAGUGGUUCACGGGCAAGGGGAACGAGAUGGUCAUGCCCCUGACUAACAGGCCGGAACCGAAGAGCAGGUUUGUGCCUUCCAAGUGGGAACAUAAGAAGGUCAUGAAGAUUGUCAAGGCCAUCCGAGAGGGAAGGAUCAUCCCGAACCGUCCUCCUGUAGAGAAACCCAAGGUCUAUGCCAUCUGGAGCAAGGAAGACCAGGAACGUACUCCGCACGCGAUGUACAUGCCCGCACCUCAAUUGCCUCCUCCCAAGACGGUCGAAUCGUACAACCCGCCCGAAGAGUACCUGUUUGACGAGCAGGAAAAAGCCGAAUGGGAAGCGCAGGAAAAGGAGGAUAGGAAGCUCGAUUUCGAACCGAAAAAGUACGCCUCGUUGAGGACCGUACCGGGUUACGAAGGUUUCGUGCAAGAGAGGUUCGAGAGGUGUCUCGACCUGUACCUCGCACCGAGGACGAAAAAGGUCAAGAUGAACAUCGACCCGGAGUCUUUGGUGCCCAAGUUGCCGAGCCCGAAAGAGUUGAGGCCGUUCCCGACGACGAGUGCGGUGCAGUACCGACACCCUGCCAGUUCGAGGGUCAGGUGUGUGAGCAUGGACCCGAGAGGCGAGUGGGUGGCGAGUGGGAGCGAGGAUGGCGUGGUCAGGGUUUGGGAUCUCGGGAACGGACGAGAGGUAUGGAAGUGGCCGUUGAAGAUGGGAGCCGUGCAGUCGGUCGAGUGGUGUCCCAACCGGGACGAGUCGGUCUUGGCCGCCACCGUUUCCGGACGAGUCUACUUGUUGUCCCCCUUGGCUUUGGUCUCCCCGACCGUGGCUCAGACGACCCUUACGCACCUGAACACCGCAUUCGCUUCCUCCUCGGCCUCUACGGCGCAGAACGAACCUCGAAAGGCCCCUGAUGCCAAAUGGGUCCGACCUACCGAGGACGAGAGGGAUCGAGGGAUCUUGGUCAUCGUCGAGGUCGCGGGGACGCCCAAGCAGAUCACUUGGCACCGAAAGGGAGACUACUUUUCGACCGUUGCUGUGGAUGCUGCCAACAAAUCGGUCUUGGUCCACCAGGUCUCGAAGCAUCAGACGCAAUCUCCGUUCAAGCGGACAAAGGGUAGCGUGCAGCGAGUCGCUUUCCACCCGACCAAGCCUCACUUUUUCGUGGCAACACAACGAUACGUCCGAUUGUACGACCUGGUCGGCCAGCAACUCCUCAAGACGCUCAUGUCGGGUCUCAAGUGGAUCUCGAGCAUGGACAUUCACCCGGGCGGUGAUAACCUGAUCAUCGGAAGUUAUGACAAGAAGCUGUGUUGGUUUGACCUGGACUUGAGUUCGAAGCCUUACAAGACCCUGAGAUACCACACCAAGGCUCUUCGAUCGGUCAUCUACCAUCGAACAUACCCCCUCUUCGCCUCGGCUUCGGACGACGGCACCAUCCAGGUCUUCCACGGAACAGUCUAUUCGGACCUGAUGCAAAACCCAUUGAUCGUCCCGCUGAAGGUCCUGCGUGGACACAAUAUUAAGGACGGGCUGGGUGUGUUGGACGUCAAGUGGCACCCGACUAAACCCUGGUUGGUCAGUUCGGGCGCGGAUGGUGAGGUGCGUAUGUGGACCUAGGCUACGGGGAAAGGAUGAGAGGGAUGAAGGGUUGUAUGUAGGCUAUAGGCUAUGGGGGAUUGGCUGUAUCUAUCAUGUUGUCUACACUGUCGCAUCCGGAUUGGCGAGAUGCAGGCUCCUCUCGAGCGCUAUCCCACA